AUAAUUCCCAAUAUGACACUAAAACGGUUUCUCAAGACGGAUACAAUAAUCUAUACAGCAAAGAAGAGAUCGAAGCACGAAGCUCGAAGCUCAAAGCAUACUUCGCUAUCUAAGGAAUUUAAGAUCUUAUCUUAAAAUUGAAACCGAAAGAGAAAUUGAAGUCGCAUAUCGUUCUUUCUCUGUUGGAAGAUAGUGCAUUAGAUACCUAUACCUUCCUUAAGUGAAAAGAACUGAUAGCUAAGAAAAAUAUCAUCUCAACACCUGUCUUUCUAUCGCCUCCCAGCUUUGUGGAUAUAUAUUUAUUUGACCAGUUCUUAUUCAUUAGUACAAUAUUAUAUUCAUAGACCUAUCAUUAGCUUAUUUAACCACUCCACAAGUUAAUUCUUCUCAGUCUUCAUCUUCAAACAAUGGAUAGGCCAUCAUCAGAAAAAGAAGAGCCACCUACUGCGUCUCAAUCAGAUGAACCCCAGACUCAUGAGGUAGAAGUCAAAAGUUCCAAUGGAGACAAUAAAGAUCAUGAGCGUUCCGAAGGAUUAAUAUCGAGAUACCACAAACAAAUUCUCAAGGGGCAAAUUCCAACGGAAACACGAAGAGAUUUAGAAAAACUUCCUGAUGUGAAGGGAGAAAGUUCAGCUGAUGGGAUGGAAGGAUAUGGAUCAGCAGAAAAUCAAAAAACCCCCAAUCGAGCGAAUAUAAACCACCGACAAACUCAUUCGGAUCUAGAAUCGAUGACAGCACGGGUAGCUCGAGCACGUCGCAAUGCAAUUUUAGAGGGAUCAGUAUCCGAACCAGAAUCUCAUGAAGCCACGCAGAAACAUCAGUCAUGGUCAGAAGAGGUGGAUGGUUCAAAGACUGUAAGAGUGACCACGGAAUUAAGUGAACAUGGAUUAGUUUCGACCGAUUCACGAAAAUCGCUUGAACCAUUAUCUUCUUCAGCAUCCUCGCCGAUCCCAAUACCGCCAUCUGGAGUCUUACCACCACAUCAUGUUGGAUCCGAGGGAGUAUAUCGUAAUGUGGCGGGGCUACCUUCGGAAAUGUUGACUCCUGAAGAAAGCGAAUCCCGCACUACCGCUGCUGAAAGUCCAGAGUAUAAACUACAGGUGGAUGCUUCGUCGUUUGGUCAUACCGUGGAGAAGAGGCGUACCCCAAGGAGUAUGUCUGAUGGAUUUGGAGCGACAGUGGCGAUGUACAAUAAGCUGAAAGAUUUGUCUGUAAAACUGGAACAGAAUAAGAGUGAGGAGCUAGUUGAUAGGAUGAAGAAAAAGACAAAGAACGCGGGGAUGAAGGAUGAUGCGGAGAAGAAUUGAUAGAAGUAGGCGAGGUUACUUUAGGAGUAUGAGCAAGCAUUGCCAAUAAAUCUUCUGAUUCAGUUCUUGCCAGCGAAGCAUCCAUAGACUUUCAAUUCUAUAGCACGUAAUUACUCCUAGCGGAAUUGAAUAUAGAAUUCUUACAAUAUCCUGAUAGUCGCAUGGCGUAAGUCAAAUACCCCACUUUCGAACCAUUCUCCUCUUGAAUGGUGAUAUUUUCUUACUAAUGAGUUCACUUG